CCGGAAACCCCUCGGAGGAGAUCAUGCCGCAUUGCUGAUCUUGAAACUGCCGUUCAGUAGUCGCAGAAUCGUCAAAGGAUAGGAUCAAAGAAAGAGCCUCUCUUGCACCGUCUGCGACGCCCACCUGCCCUUCACUCCCCACGCGACCUCCAUCAUCCGCCAUACACACACACAUUCACGUCAAGAACAGACCACCUACACCUACACCUACCACCACCACCACCAUGGCCCAGAAAGCAGCCAAAACCCUAGCGGCGCGCAACGCAGCCGUGCUGCAGCGCACGCACCUCAUCAGCCUAGGCCUGCACGCGCUCUUCCUAACCCUUCACUGGACCUUCAACCGGCCCCGCGCCUUGAAACCCUACAUCUUCCUUGCGAUCCCAACCCUCCUCAUCGAAUUCUACCUCGACCGCCUGGGCCGCCCGCGCCACAACCCCGUCGACGGUUCCCUGCGGUCGCCGGGCGAGGACCUCGGCGCAGCAGGUCUCACCGAGUACAUGUGGGACGUGCUGUACUGGACGUGGGGGUGCAUCGGGGCCGUGUGCAUCAUCGGCGACCGCGCCUGGUGGCUGUGGGUGGUGAUCCCGCUCUACUCGGUCUGGCUGGCCUACACCACGUUCACGGGCAUGAAGAGUGGAUUGGCGGGCAUGGGUGCUGGUGCUGGUGCCGGCGGCGCGGAUGGGUCCGCUGCUGGUGCUGCUCCGGAGAGCAAGAGGCAAAAGAAGUUGGAGAAGCGCGGUGGACAGAGGGUGCAGUAUCGGUGAGGGAAGGAAGACUUGAUUGCUCGUUUGUGCUUGUGGUUUUUUUCAACCUCUGGAGAGGCC